CGAUUAUACCCGCUGACCUUGUCAUACCAUGUAGAAAUGCGGGAGAUUCUCAGUUUCUACACCGCGCAAAGGUUCUCCUUGAGUCAGCAACAUCACGAUGAUCAAGGCAGUCUUCUUCACGAGGUUCCAUGAGACCAAAGGCUCUCGCGUUCUUCAUCAAGUCCCAGCUGGGGCCAUUGUCCCAUUCACCGACUCCCCUUCCGCGUCGUUCAUCAAUGGCGAAAACCACCCGCCUCCAUCGCCUCGCCAGGCACCAUUAUUUGACUUCAACUCCAUCUCAGAGUACAUCAUCCCGCGCCCCCCCUUCUGCGACCGGCCGCUCACCAUCUGCAUCAACAAACUGCGGAUCGUCAGCCAUCCGGUGUGCAUCGAUGACCUGGCGCGAUAUGACCGGAAGAUCUACAUCUUCAACUUCGCGGUCGUCAUCGAGGAGGAUGUGGAGAUGAGCGGGUACGUCAGCGUGGUGCGGAAGUUGGCGCGGCUGUUUCGGAACCUGGAGGAGAUGAAUGGGUUCUUGUCGAAGGAGGAGGAGGUGGUGGAGGAGUCGGAUCGGAGCGGGUUGGCGGGGAGAAGAGGGAGGGGGAAGGUGUAUGCGCUUUGUGAGAUGAUUAUGGAAGAUCUGAACAAUUAUUGCGAGUGCAUGAUACCCAUAGAUGACGCCAAUACCGUCAAUCUAAAGCUCUUCCCUCCACAACCACCCCCACCUCCUGUCCCGUCCUACGUCGUCCCCCUACUCACCAUCACGCUCCCCCAUCAGACGAUUUCUACUGACCUAACCCUCCUCCGUAUCCUCCCCUCCAUCAACGGCAUCAACAGCGUCGCUCGCAUCGCCGAUCUCGCGGACGUCGAUCUCUCUCUUACCCGCAAAGCUAUCCAGCAUCUCCUGUACUACGGCUGCGUCCUCCUACUAGACAUCUUCCAAUUCGGCGCCACCUACGCGCCCACCUCAGAGAUCUCCUCCCUCGUCGAGGACGACGACAUGGUUCAAGAAGGCAUCAAUUACAUCACCGUCCCGGACCCCGACUCCCUCUCCUUCCCCAGCCGGAUCAACUCCUCCGAUCGACUCAGUCCCUCCCGCAGCGGCAGUGACGCCGACUCCACCGCCCCCAGCUCCCCACCGCACGGUCAGCCUUCACUCUUCGACCCGAACGGAAUCUCCAAGCCGUUAGACCCCACAAUGCUCAUCCAGCUGUACACCUCGCUGGGCCAGGGCAAGACGCUGCGCACGUGGGUCGUGGAGCACGAAGAGCUCCUCCGUGGUCUCGACGUCCGCCGCCUGAUCACCUUCGGCAUCAUCAAGGGGUUCCUCUACCGCGUGCACAAAUACGUCGUCGCGACUGGCGCGUCGGGGCGGGGGGAGUGGGGCAACGGCCGGGGAGGACGGGCGUAUGCACAGACCGCGCUGGAUGCAAUCGACAGUCGGGCGACGAGUGUGGUGAGGGGGUUCGCGACGCCGGGGGGCACUCGGGAGAAUGGGCACGGAGGGGCGGCAGGGAGUUUGGGGAUGGGGUUGCCGUUGGCGAAGUAUGUGGAUGGGACGCAUUGCUUGGAUGAGACUUGCACAGAGUUGAGGAUGGGGGAGAAGGAGGUGAUGGGAAGGUUGAGGGAGGCGUUUGGGGAGAUUGUGGUUAUACAUCGGUGAUGUACCUGGUUUACAAUUGGAAGGCUUUCACUUUCGAGAGAAUGAGUAUCGGUCCUGAUUAGUAUUGUAGUGGUGCUGGAAUCAUGCUGGCAGGCUGGUUAACAGGUAUUGUUCCUG